AUGAGGCGCUGCCCGUGCCGGGGAAGCCUGAGCGAGGCGGAGGCCCAGGCGCUGCCGACGGCAGCCCGCAUGGGACUGGCGGCGCCGCGAGGGGGGCGGCGGCGGCAGCCAGGGCAGCAACGACCUGGGCCCGGAGCUGGGGGCUCGGUGGGGCGGCCGGAAGGGGGCGGGCCCCGGGCCCGGACCGAGGAGUCCAACCUCCACACCGAGUCCCAGAGCGCCAGCCUCGGGUUUGAGUCGGGGGCCGACGGACGGGCUGAGCCUGAAGCAGCUGGCCUCGGAGCGGAGACGGAGCGGCCCAACCCAACGACGGAGCCAGGCAAGUCCAUUCUCCGGACACAUCCAGGAGGGAGCAGCCACUGGUCAGAGCUGGAGACAGCCGGUGACUGGACGGAGACCGGGACAGAUGGCUUUUGGGCUGAUCCACACAGGACUGACCUCCAUUCUCAGCCCCAUAGGGCUAACCUCUGGGCACAGCCAGGGGUUGACGGGCCCUGGACAGAACUAGAGAUACAUGGGUCACAGACCCAGCCAGAGAGGGCCAGGCCCAGGGCUGAUAACCUCUGCACCCACCAGAACAGGUCAAGCGUCCGGACCCAGCCAGAGGGGGUCCCUCUCUCAACAGAGCCGGGUGUUGACAGCUCUUGGAAAGAACCGUUCACCGAGGGCUCCAGGACGCAAAAAGGUACCGAAGACUCCUGGACGGAGCUUCACGCUGAUGGCUCCCAGAUACAACAGGACACUGAAGCAGCCUGGAAGCAGCUUGACCCCGGUGGUUUCCCAACACAAGAUACCGAUGGCUUGUGGUCACAGCCCGGCACUGACGGACCCCAGACAGAGCCUAGGACAAACUGCCUUUUGGGGGAGCCCAACCAAGAUGACUCAUUAGAGGAACCAGAACACAGGGAGUUGGUGACUCAUCUGUACUCUCACCUGGAGGGUAGCCCCCUGACCCCUGUGCCCCGCCUCAUUAUCACUCCGGAGACCCCUGAGCCUGAGGCUCAGCCAGGGGGCCCUCCCUCCCAGCUUGAGGCGGGCAGUGGGGGCUUCUCCUCUGCCUCCUCUUUCGACGAGUCUGAGGAUGACGUGGUGGCUGGGGGCGGAGGUGCCAGCGACCCCGAGGACAGGUCUGGGAACAAGCCGUGGAAGAAGCUGAAGACGGUUCUGAAGUAUUCGCCCUUUGUGGUCUCCUUCCGAAAACACUACCCUUGGGUCCAGCUGUCUGGACACUCUGGGAACUUUCAGGCAGGGGAAGAUGGUUGGAUUCUGAAGCGUUUCUGUCAGUAUGAGCAGCACAGCCUGGAGCAGCUGAUGCAUGACCCCCUGCGGCCUUUUGUGCCAGCCUACUAUGGCAUGGUGCAUCGGGAUGGCCAGACCUUCAAUCAGAUGGAAGAUCUCCUGGCAGACUUUGAGAACCCCUCCAUCAUGGACUGCAAGAUGGGCAGCAGGACCUACCUGGAGGAGGAGCUGGUGAAGGCGCGAGAACGGCCCCGGCCCCGGAAGGACAUGUAUGAGAAGAUGGUGGCUGUGGACCCCGGGGCCCCCACCCCCGAGGAGCAUGCCCAGUGUGCGGUCACCAAGCCCCGCUACAUGCAGUGGAGGGAGACCGUGAGCUCGACGUCCACCCUGGGCUUCCGGAUCGAGGGCAUCAAGAAAGCCGAUGGGACCUGCAACACUAACUUCAAGAAGACGCAGAAGCUGGAACAGGUGACAAAGGUGUUGGAGGAUUUUGUGGAUGGAAACCACACAAUCCUGAGAAAGUACGUGGCACGCCUAGAAGAACUUCGUGAAGCUCUGGAGAGCUCCCCCUUCUUCAGGACCCACGAGGUGGUAGGCAGUUCCCUCCUCUUUGUUCACGACCACACCGGCCUGGCCAAGGUCUGGAUGAUCGACUUUGGCAAGACUGUGGCCCUGCCUGACCACCAGACGCUCAGCCAUCGGCUGCCCUGGGCUGAGGGCAACCGUGAGGAUGGCUACCUCUGGGGCCUGGACAACAUGAUCUGCCUCCUCCAGGGCCUGGCCCGAAGUUGA